AUGGCUUUAGAAUCCCACAAUAUGAAGCAUCAACUCCAUUUUCUUUUAGUACCAUAUUUGUGUCCUGGUCACCUUAUUCCCAUGGUUGACAUAGCAAGGCUACUAGUAAACCAUGGAGCUUUUGUAACAUUCGUCACCACGCCCCUUAACGUGAAACGUAUCAAGCCACUGAUUGACACUGUCAAUGCAUCAAAAUUACGAAUUCGGCUUAUCCAAUUCGAGAUUCCAGUUCUCGAAUUUGGAUUGCCAGAAGGGUGUGAAAGCUUGGAGCUAGUUCCUUCACGCGCCUUAAUAAGAAGCUUCAUGUUUGCUCUUAGCAAGUUGCAAACACCAAUAGAAGAGUUGAUUGAGGCAACCCCAAUAAGUUGCAUUCUAGUUGACAAAUUCAACUAUUGGAUGGAAAAUGUUGCUAUGAAGUUCCAAAUCCCAAGGCUUAUAUUUGAUGGCACAAGUUGCAUGAAUCUUCUAUUGUUGCACAAUUUGUUCAAGUCCAAGGUGUAUGAGAAUGUCCAAGAAUCAAAGCCUAUUGUGGUGCCUAAUUUGCCACACAGAAUUGAGUUAACAAAAUCACAACUUCCAUUGGAAUUGAAUCCUGAAGCAAAGGAUCUCAGAGAUCUUGAUGAAAAGAUUAGAACUUCACAAGAAUCAGCAUAUGGGUAUGUGAUCAAUAGCUUUGAGGAAUUGGAACUAGACUAUGUCAAAGAAUACAAGAAGGUUAAAGGUAACAAAGUUUGGUGCAUUGGUCCUGUUUCAUUAUCCUACAAUAACAAUGUUGGUCAAAGAGGUAACAAAUCUAAAGUUGACCUAGAUUCUUGUCUUAAAUUUCUUGAUUCAUGGCCACCAAAAUCAGUUGUUUAUGUUUGUCUUGGAUCACUCAACAACCUAGCACUUGCACAAUUUCAAGAACUUGCUUUGGCAUUGGAAUCAUGCAAUUUUCCAUUCAUUUGGGUGAUGAAAGAAGAUGAUUUAUUAGAUAGUGAAUUUGAAGAAAGGACAAAGGAAAGAGGACUCAUAAUUCAUGGUUGGGCCCCACAAGUGUUACUAUUAUCACACAAUGCUAUUGGUGUGUUUUUAACACAUUGUGGUUGGAACUCAACCCUAGAAGCAAUUUGUGCUGGUCUUCCAAUGAUAACUUGGCCUAUGUUUGCUGACCAAUUUUUCAAUGAGAAAUUGAUUGUGCAAAUAUUGUGUAUUGGUGAAGAAUUAGGGAAUGAAAUUGCUAUCCCUUUGGGUAAGCAAGAAAAUUAUGGUGCUAGUAUUAGGAGGGAGAAAAUUGUGGAGGCAAUAGAGAAAGUGGUUGGAGAUGGAGCCAAGAAGGAAGAGAGAAGAGAAAGUGUUAGAAAGCUUGCUGAGUUGGCAAAGAAAUCUAUGGAAGUUGGAGGAUCUUCUUAUCUUAACAUGAAGAUGCUACUUGAUGACAUGGAAACACUAACCUUUGGUAAAUCAUCAACACAAUGA